GUGUCAUUUUCAUUACCGGUGGUUGUGUUGCUGUUAUUCUUGACCACAGUCUCUUCCUCGCCGUGAUGAGAGAAAUGCCACCAGCUGUCGCGGUCGGAUAGGUUAAAAAUUUCCUAGCAUAGUCCCUCUAUCUGUCCAUAUUCAGUUCCGACCAUAGGAAAUAUGAAGAAAGCCUCUGUUUUGUGCUGUAUACGGUUGACGUCAAUGCACAAAAACCUGCAUGAAAGCUGACAUCGGUUUGUUAAGGUGGACCUGGACGGGGACAGAAGUAAGACAACUGCUGCUGCCACUGCUGUUGAAAAGAGAUGUCUUUGGACGAGAUAGAUAGGUUUAACACUUACAUUAUGUACUGUAUCUCGCGUCAAGUUCGUUUCAUUCAGUCUAUGUUCAUUUUAUAUAUUUUAAAACAUACGCGACCUUAAGCACCACCGUUUUGUCUGCUCAGAGUCCGGAAGUGUGUUCGAUAAAAUAAUCGAAGCCUGCGAGAAAGGCGUGGCUUAGACGAGAAGCAUUGUGAUUGGUUAGGUUCUGAUCCGUCUUUGCUUUAGUUUACCCGCAUAAGAGUAUCAAACAAAUCAGAGUCCCAAAGUACAAUAUAAAUCCACCCUGACCUUGUUUUGGUGGGAGCAGCGCCGCUGUCCUUUAAUCAUCUGUCAGAAUUAAAUCCCCAUUCAUCGUUGUUCAAAUCCAGAUACGAUGUUUUAUAAGCAUGAAUCCAGAUUAGUUAACCUUAGCUCUGCCCGCUGAGCCGCAAAGGCAUUAAACCAGUACUUACAACAAGCCGUCGUCGGUGUCGGUAGGACAGCAAUGAUUUCUUCCUGUUUGAUAGCUUGCCCAGCUUUGUGGCUAAAUAACGUCACGUCAAAAAAACCUGAAAAUUAGAAAUCCUGUCCUUUAACGAUAUUUGAAUGCCUUGUGUCUCGUGGAUGCAGCUGAUCAUUUAAUUAAACCUCACGUGUAGCAUCAAAACACUGCUUGUUCUCGUACGAACAGCUCUGACAGUGAAAUUUCGAGGUUGUCGUGCUCGCCGAAUGAUUUUUUUUCAUUAAAUAUAUUAUGUGUUAGUUUGGCAUACAUUAUGUCGACACGUGCGGUAUUUUUGUCAAUUAUAUGCAACAUAUAAUUCACAAUAAAUACUAGAUAAAACUACAAGCUUUCUUUAUGUACUACAUUUACAAACACAAUUACCGUAUGGUGGAGCACCCGUGAAACACAAAACCAACUCCUUGGUUUUGCACCGAGGCAUUGUGGGUAUUGGGGUUAAACGCUAUCACGUUUUUCAUCCAGCAUGGCAGGCAAACAGAAGAGGUAAGUGGCCUUUUCCUUUAAUUUGUGCCUCAUAUCGCAAGUAUUUACGCAUACAUAUGUCCUGUCUCUGUGCAGUAAUGUGUUACUACACAGUCAGUGUAUUUGUGAGUUUAGAAAACUGUUUUUAACUGAAGUAAACACGCUGUUUGACAGUGUUUUAGCCAUCCAUGCUAAUGCUAGCUGUCUAUUAAAGCUGGUUACCUGGUUAAUUUGUUCUUCUUUUGUAAAUGAAUAAUCCUCAAACCUGAAAGAAGACAUCUGCAAUUUGUUAGUUAACUGACCAGCUGUCAUUAAGGCUGCUAUAAUAGUCGUAUUAUAGACUUGUUGGUAAAAUAAUGUCCAUGCUUUUGUGUUUUAAGUUUUCAAAUGUGUUUCUCUCUCUGUUAUUGUCUGAUGUUUGCACAUUGCCUGUUUUUAUAGUGUUGUGUGUAUAACCUAUGCCAAUUUUUUUUCUAUUUUACAUUUUGUUUUUAUUUCAUCUUUACAAUUUUUUGACUGAUUUGUAGGAAAUUGGAGGACCUCAGUGUGGAUGAAUUCCUGCUCUCAGGUUUUGACUCUGCAGCUGAAUCUGACGAAGAGACUCCCAAACAAAAUGGAGUCAAUAAGAAGAAAAAGGAUGAGAAGUCUGAUUCAUCUACAGUGUAUGUUUUAUUAUGUGGUAAAGUUAUUAACUAUAAUAAAAAAUAUGACAAUAGUUUGUUUGGACAGAGGUGAUGCUCAAAUAAUUUUAUUCCCAUUUAUUUUCUAUGUACAGUGAUGAAACGAAGACAGGCAAGGCUUCUGAGCAUAAGGAGCAGCUGUCUCGAUUAAAGAACAAAGAUCCUGAGUUCUACAAGUUCCUGCAGGAGAAUGACCAAACUCUACUGAACUUUGAUGACACAGACAGCUCUGAGGAUGAGGAUGAAGAAAAGUACCACAAAUUGCCAUCCAAACUGGAGGUAAACCAGCUGCUAAUGGAUCUGCACAGAUCUACCUCCCCCUUGAGCCUAAUAACUACAACAAACUAAGUGACCUUAAUAACUGUCUUCAUGAAAUCAAAUCCUGGAUGGCUGCAAACUUUCUCCAGCUCAAUGAAAACAAAACCGAAGUUAUUCUAUUUGGACCACAGCAUUUGACCAACAUUAUCGCCCCUCUUCUUGGCCCUUUGGCCCCCUCUGUCAAAUCACAUGUUAAAAAUCUUGGUGUCAUCUUUGACUCAGGAUUAAAGUUUGACAAACAAAUAAAUCAGGUCGUAAAAUCAGGCUUCAUGCAGCUCCGCAUCGUCUCAAAAAUCGGAUCAUUUCUUUCUACUUGAGAAAGUCAUUGAUGCCUUCAUAUCCUCCCGCCUUGACUAUAUUGUAAUGCAUUAUAUUUUGGUAUCACUCUGUCUUGUUUAUCUUGUCUCCAACUAAUUCAAAAUGCAGCAGCCAGAGUUUUAACCAGAACUAAGAAGAGGGAACACAUUACUCCCAUUCUUGCCUCCCUUCACUGGCUGCCUGUUAGCUACAGGAUCGAGUUUAAAAUCCUGAUGUUUGUCUACAAAGUGUUGCAUGGUCUUGCCCCCUCUUACGUCACAGAACUCUUGUCACCAUAUCACACAAUGAGAGAACUAAGAUCUUCUGACCAAAGACUUCUGUCAGUCCCACGAUCCAGGACUAAGUAUUAUGGGGACAGGGCUUUCUCUAUCACUGCCCCAAAACUGUGGAAUUCUCCUCCUCCCUCCAUCAGAUUCUCCCCCGCCAUUGAGAUUUUUAAGACUCAACUUAAAACCCACUUUUGCUCCCUAGCUUUUGACUGUCACUAACUUUAUAGCUCAACCAUUUCCCAUGUAGGCUCUGUGAGCUCUGUACAUCGUUAGAUCUGUGUUGUCUUUAUCAUUGUUAUUAUUAUUGCUGCUGCUGCUAUUGUUAUUAUAAUUAUUGUUGUUAUUUAUUAUUACUAUUAUGAAUGAUGAUGAUAGUGAUGGUAUUGAAAAUAUAUUUUUAUCUGCUAUCGUUAUUAUUAUUAUUAUUAUUAUUACUAUCACUCAGUCUGCUCUGCUUCUUCUUCUGUUUGUUCUCUUCUUUUGUUUUGGUUUUUCUCUGUGUUGUUGUAAAGCACUUUGGAUCAACUCUGUUGUGUGUAAAGUGCUAUAUAAAUAAAGUGGAGUUGAGUUGAGUUUAGAGUUUGUACUGUCUGAUGACUUUGCUUGUGAAAACACUGACUUUCAUUUUGGCGUGUUUUGUGUGUAGGACGCCAGCUCUGAUGAUGAUGAGGAUGAGGGUGACCAAGAAGCUACGAAGAAAUCCAAGAAGGCAGUUGAGGCUAUCAAAGUCACUGACAAAAUGGUUGAAGACUGGAAAGCAGCAAUGAAGAAAGAACCUUCACCCCGUCUCUUUAGGGAAGUCACUCAAGCUUUUAAAGCCGCUGUGGCCACAACCAAGGGUGAAGGGAGUGGCCAGUGUCGAUACAAAGUGGCCGACAGUUCAGGUAGGAUUCAGGAUUGAUAUUAAGUGCUGUUGCGUGUCCUCAGACUGAAGAACAUGAACUUCAUAUACUUCUUUCAGUUUUGUCAUCAGCGGUUAAAAAAAGACAUCAUCCAAAAAGUUGCUCUUCUACUCCAUUGUUUACACAAUUUUGAACAUUUUCAACAGUAAUAAAACAAAUUCGGCACCCGUUUCACCUUGAGAAAAAAAGCAUUUUAUUGGCAAAAGUCAAGCUACACCAUUUAAAAAUUCUGUGAAAUGUUUUCACAAUACAAGCAGCCUCUAAAAACGGGUACAAUAGACACAAUUCAGUCAAUACUAAUUAAAUAUGAAUAAUCAAAAACAGAGGCUGUGUCACAAAAGAAGAUAUCAUUCGUGGUUGAUGACUUGAAAGAAAGUGUCCCCUUUCAAAACAGUUCUUCAGAAAUAUUGGGAGGAAAAGGAGCAUUUUGAAAUGAACAUUGUGUUGCUGAUCUCAGAGCACUGUCCAUUUUAAUGCACUGGUUGCUUACAGAGGUAAAAGUUUACCUUAGCAAUACUUAUACAAAACAGCAGAAACAGAGGCUGAAACAAAAAGAUAUUUAUUGGAGCUCCAUGACCUCAACACAUUAUCUUUACAUUUAAAUUAAACACAGGGAACUAUUUGUGUCGAAAUGUAUUGACUAAUGAAACUGCUACUAAAACUUACACUGGUACAACGUACUUCAUUUUAUAUUUUUCGAUUAUGUCAAAUUGUCUCUUUCUCUUGACUGUCUGCAGUGUUCAAUGCCUUGGUCCUGUUCUGCAUCAAAGAUAUUCACUCAGCCCUACAGAAGAUGCUACACCUGAAGGCAGACAAAGACCAUAAAAAGUAUGAACUGAUUUUCAAAUGCUGAUCCCACCACCUGUGGACAGUUUAAAUGAAUCUGUGGAGAAACGGUUCACGUGUUACCACUUUCUUUACUCUGUUUUACUUUCAGGCUAGUCCUUCCAUCAUCCAGUCCAAGGUGGCAGAAAAAUCAGCUUGACAUCAAAAUGUAUCUCAGCGGAAUAGUUCAGGUUUGAUUCGCUGUCCUCCAUUUAUUAUUAUUAUUAUUUUGUUUUUAUUAUUAUUAUUUUGUUGUUACUUUUCUUGUCUCUCUGCCUUUGUAAGAGUGACAAGAAUGUAAAGAGUAACAAUAUGUCUGUGUUGUAUCUUCAUAGAUAAUUGGAGUCAUAGGCUGUAUAUGCUAUGAUAUAGUCUUUCAUUCUUCUGUGUCCUGUCUGACUGUUGAUCUGGGGUUUUCUCUGACAUGUGUUUUGUUUUAACUCCUCUUGUAGCUAUUAUCCUGUCUGACAGAGUCCACAGUCAUCAGUGCAGUCCUGAGACAUGCAAACCAGCUUGUACCUUAUUACCUUUGCCUACCUAAACAAUGUCGUCACCUGGUUAAGGUAAGACAUCUAAAUAGAAUGGAAUCUGAUAUAGAAGUCAAAAGAGAAUAGUGAUAGUAGAUCAGUUUUGUGUUCUUAAAAGUUGUUUACUGUCUUUUUUUUGCACAGCAACUGUUGAAACAAUGGAGCACAGGAGAGGAGACGAGUCGUGUUCUUGCUUUCUUGGCCCUCAACAAACUCUGCAGGCACAAGCAGGACAAAUAUCUUAAUCCUAUCCUGAAGGUGAGCUUGAUGUAGUGUGAGACGUGAGUAGACAGGAAAAUGGCAAACUUGGAUUGCAGAUGGGCUGCUAUCUGCUAAGUAUGUUUUCCUGACAGAUCAUAUCACAAAGAUUGUUUUCUUUGUGCAUUUUUGUUUUAUCAAUUGAUGAUUUCACACUCGAGCGAUUACAAGCACUGUAUGUUUGUCUAUUCAUGUUUUUUUUCCCUUCCUUUUCAGCAAAUGUACAUUGCAUACGUACAGAACUGUAAAUUCACAUCCCCAAAUGUGCUCCCCAUGAUCAACUUCAUGCAGCGUACUCUAACAGAGAUGUACUCCCUGGACACACAAGUGACAUACCAACAUGCCUUCAUCUACAUCCGACAGCUUGCCAUCCACCUCAGGAACGCCAUGACCAUGAAGAAAAAGGUCAGUUUGUAUCAUUGUUAAUGUGAUGAGGAAGAUAUAUUACUCUUGGGUUUUACAAAGACAUAAGGUCAUGAUUAAUAUGCGUUCAUGGAUGAUAGGUAGCUCGAUAUUGGGCAUUUUUCUUCUGUGUCGAACAGAUGAUUGGUUAGAGGAUUAUUCUGAGCACUCCUGGCUAUGUUUUUACUCCUGGAUUCAAAUGGUUAAUCAUCUACGUUACUCGCUUUGCGUUUGUUUUUUCAGCACACCAGCAGGAAAUGUCAGUCUUUUUGUUUAAUUGUGGUUUCCCUAAGCAGAGUGUCUGAAGUUCAGCCAUUUAUGGAGGUUUACACUUCUUUUUCUGAUCAUACAUAAGAAUAAUAAAAACACUGUGUGUGUGUGUCCAAUAGGAAACCUACCAGUCAGUGUAUAACUGGCAGUACAUACACUGUCUAUACCUGUGGUGUCGGGUCCUCAGCACCUUGUACCCCAGUGAUGUACUCCAACCUCUGAUCUAUCCCCUCUGCCAGGUCAUACUAGGAACCAUCAAGUAAGUCUAUGUGCAUGCAGUUUGAAUUCUUCAAGCAGUUUCAGUCUUACUGCCAAGUAAAUAAUCCCACUGUGGAUGGUGAGAUGAAGGUAAAGCAGACUGUUACUGUUUGAAGCUGAUUCUGAUAGAAGGGUUUUACAUGUAUUAUAGAUUAUUUGAUGAAAUUUGUUAAUGCAGAAAACUAAUUUGCAAGAUUUUAGGGAGAUUAUUAUUUUUAAACAAGAGAAAGACUGUACUCUUAGUUGUCUUUGUGAUUAUUUUUGGCACAAAUCUUAGAAAGCUGUGCAGGACAUGUGCCAAAAUCAUAUUUUAACACUUAUGUUUGACAAAGUCUAAUUCUUGAUUCCUGAAACCUUAAGUUGCUCACAGAAAAUGACCAUCAGACCUGAGGAAUCACUGAGGGGCUUACUGUAGGUUAGGAUUAAGUUUGAAAAUACAGAUUAAAAAGGAGUGAAUCCGGGUAUGUAGUGUUCAAAGAAAAUAUUACAGUAAGUUAUUUUUGUAGUCACAGCGUUAGUGUUUGUUUUACACACUGAAUGAAAUGAGCAUUUAUGUGAAACUUUGUGUCAGUAUACACUUUCUGACAGCAGGUGGAGACACUGACCACAGUUUUGUCUUUCUGAGCAGACUCGUGCCUACAUCCAGAUAUUACCCUCUGAGGAUGCAUUGUUGCAGAGCCCUCACCCUGCUGUCCAGCAGCACCAACACAUUUGUCCCUGUUGUACCUUUCCUCUUGGAGGUAAGCCUCUCGGUCUUCUCAUGCACCUGUGGAAAAAUGCAUUUGUGAACAGAAGUUUGAACACUUGAAAACCCACUGGUUCUUUGAGGUUAAACUGCAGUUAUAAAUAAAGUCAAAGAGACAACAGUCUGUUUGUUUCUUAUGUCAAAAAUGGAAACACUGAAAGGCAGAUAUGAUGAAAUAUUCCGUCAGUGGUUUUCAGUGGAAAAAAUCAGUGGGGUAUGAAAAGCUUUGGUCUCAACAGCCACAACUAAAGAGCUCUGGAGGAAACACAUUGAGGGGUAGGGCUGUGCGUGUGUGUGUGUGUGUGUGUGUGUGUGUGUGUGAUGGAGAGAAACACCUUUGUUAUCAGACCAAUCACAGGUCACCAACUGACAACACUUUCUCUGCAUCAGGUGUUAAGCAUGUGGUUGUGCAGCGUGUCUCACGCAAGUGUGUACAUGUGUUUAUGCACACUGUGCGUGUGUGUAUGGCGGGGGGUGGUGGUUGCGGUUUAUUGGGGUAGAACGGUGUGCUGGCGACAGAAACUAGCUCCGCCCACUGGGACAACUGCACAACUCUUGUGUGUUUAUUUGUAAGUGUGCAUGCAUGCAGCAGUUUGGCCGAAGUGAUAAAAGCAUGGUUGUGGUUUACACUCUGGUCCUAACACGCUGUGCAGCCCACAUCCUCUCUGCCUCGGGCCCACUCCCUACCUCUUUUUCCCCUGCACACACACUCAGAGCUAUUUCCCCCAACCCCUGACAGCAAAGUGUGUUUAUUUGUGACGCACAGUAUUUCCUGUGUUUUUUUCCUCCUUACUGCUCCCUUGUUAAAGCACUGUUAAAGGCGGUCUGAUGUACCCUGCUACUGUUUUAAUUAGAGCAGCAGAAGCAGCCCCUUCCUCCUGUGUGUUUGUGCCUGUGUGUGUGUUCUCGCAUCUCCAAGGGGGGUGUAUGAUUUGGUGCUUCCUGCUUUAGAGGCAGUGUGUGUAUGUGCAUGUGUUUGAAUGUGUGUGUGUGUGUAUAUGUGCAUGCAUCAGGGUUGGCCCAUGCCUUCCCACUUCCCCCUGGCUCCCCCGCAGACCGCCACCACAUCCUAUGUUUGUACAGACAGCACCGGCCAGGAGCGUUGCUCUGCUUCGCACAGUGAGCGCAUAAACGACCACACACACACACUCGCAUACACACACGCGUGCACAGAAAUACACAAAGAUAUGAGGAGUCAGAAAUAACUUGAUACAGAAAUACAAGGCAGAAAUUCACUUGCACACUAGUGGGCAGAUGUGAAAGCUAAAGCUUGUAGACAAAUAGCCCACACAUCGGCUUGACUGUACCUUCACAGAUGAAGAUAGAAGCGUGUCAUCUCAGCUGCACUGCAGUAUGUAAAAUAAACAGCAGAGAAAUGCUCAGAACUAUUAGGAAUACUUCAAGGAUACAAUCCCACUCAAGCAAAAAAUUAUACAAAACCAACAUCCAGAACCUGGUGUAAACUUGCCUGUGUCCAUAACUUUGAUUUUUUUUAAAAAAGAUCAGGUUUUCUACUUCUAUAAGGUUCUCUCAGCGUUAAUAGUUAAUAAUUAAUAAUUAAUAGUUGAGCGCAUUUACAGUUCAAACCUCAUCAUGAACGCUGAUGACAAAAAACAAAAACACAGGAAUUAAUAAUUGUGUUUUAAUUGUAAUUGAGGUGAGAUGUUUGGUUUUUCAUACCAAUGAAGAUAAAUGGAAAAAAAAAAAAGAAUAAAAAUAACCAGAUGAAAAAAAAGUCUGAGUUGCUUUAAAACUCCUUUACCCCAUCCUCCCUCCACUUCACACCUUCCUAAUUUAAUCUUCCUAUCUUCCUUCCCCUUUUCACUUUUUGCUUGUUAUGCAUCUCAGUUUGUCUCUCAUGUAUACUAGAGUAUCUGAUGGAUUCUCAGUGUGUGAUGUGUGAUAUCAGAGGCAUCCGAAAGACUGCUGUUUUUAAAGCGUCUUUAUUUUAGAGUGCAAACUGAAAGAGUGACAGAAUCAAUGCUAAUCAAGAUAAACCAGAAGGAGAAAAAACACAGAUUAUGCCUUUUUUUGGGGGGGGGGGGUAGAUUUGCUCUGGACAUGAUAGCCAGAAUCAAUACUGAAAAUAUUAUUCCAGAGAUAGUAAACUUUACUUUAAGUUGAGUCAUAUCUGAGCAGUUUGGUCCAGGUUGAACUGAGAAUAACGUCUAUCUUCCCUUUUUAGAUCUUUCAACAGGUGGAUUUCAACAAGAAACCAGGGCGAAUGAGUAAGAAACCCAUCAACUUUGCAGUCAUCUUGAAGCUGAGCAAGGUCAACCUAAUGGAGAAAGCCUACAAGGUGAGUGUUGCUCUGAUCCACCGUCUAUAAAGACACGUGCAAGGAUAGAUCGUUUUCCACGCAGUUAAAGAAGAGGAUUCAGUGCGAUGCUUCCUUUGUGCUCCGGCCUCUCACUGAGAAGAAGAAGCAGCAGCUGAUCAGAUGAGUGCUCCUAGUCUUACUUAAUGUUAUUUUCGCGCUGCUCUCCGACACCCCGUUGGCCUGCGUGUGUACAUAAGGGGAUUGAGGGCAACACUAAGGGCUCAGGACUCUAAAACUGGUCCUCAGUCGCCACGCUCAGCACUGCAGCAAAGAGGAUUGCAGCACGGCCCGGUGGGAUUAUCCUUCACACGCCGCUCGCAAGGGCUGUUUUAACUUCUAUCACCUAGGUAGCUGGUGCAAACCUCUGCCUCUACUAGACCUGACUGAACAAGCGCUGAUCUGUCUAAAUCUGGAUAAUUAUUUAACUCUGUGACACAAAGUGAGCCAACAAAGUGUCUCCUACUGAUGUGUCACUUAUUACUGUAUGUUAUAAAUCAGAGCUUUUUAUGCCUUUAUUCAGAAAGGAUAAGAUAUUCGAUAGACCUGGGAGAGAAAGUGGGAUGUGACAUGCAGGAAAGCGGCUGCAGGUUGGUUCGUCCUCUCAGCCCAUGACAUGCUUUAAAUGAAUUUUUAAUUACCCAUCCAUGAAAUAGAAAAAUAGAUUAGGUUAUGUCAUAAAUUGAAGAACACGACUGAUAUUUAUGUCAGAGGCACUAUUAAACAGCAUUAUUAUGUACAUCAGAGCAGAAUUUACAACAGCCUGUAGCCGUUUCAGAUUUGAUGUGCUGUCAUUUAGGAUGGGAAAAAUGUUUUAUCAUUUAGAGAAAAUGACGCUGAGUCUGGGAAUCCAGGCAAAUAUUUAUAGCAGGGUGCAUAAGAGUUGUAGCAAAGGCACAGGGCUUCAAACCCACUUUUUCAUCACCUCCCAAAAAAACCCUCCUGAAGCAUAUGUCUGUAUGUUUGUCUGUUAAAAGACUUGGUUACUGGCCAAAGAGCCAUCGACGGAAACAAACACAUUAAAAAAUGAGAACUUGAUUCACUGGCAUUGCACAGCCUGCUCACAUACCAACGAUGCAACAGAGAGUCUGUCCUUCAAAUACACGACUAUUUCUCAUUAAACACUGUACUAAGUUUGCUGUAUGUAGACGCAGGCACUCUAUGUAAGUGUGCAGAGGGAGCAAGAGAAAAGUGUGAAAAAAUGUGACAUAUCUUAUAGGCACAUUACAUUUGUUCAUUACAAAUGUUGUUCACAAGCUGAUUAAGUCGGUGCUUCUCUUCAGGCUCCUGUUAACAUAAUCCCACUUGUUGAAUCAAUCAAGCUCAAUUGUUUUACGGCUCCAGCUCAUCACGACUCAGACUGAGAGGUGCAGUACUCAGUCUGGUUUAGUUAGCUGUUUUAAGGGUGCUACUGUUACAAGCCAUUACUAAUGUUAUUUGCAUUUCCCCAAUGAAAUACAAGGUGAAUAGAACAUUAAGCAUACAAUAUGUUAUCGAGACAGGCUUAGUUAAAAUGUGUUUAAGCCCUAUGGAAGGUAGGUUUUACUUUGAUGACAGAAAGUGAAACCAGGGGUUAGUACCUGUUCCUCAAGUCUACAGCACCUGAGCUCUGCUGGUUGGAUGGACAUCAUAGACUGUAUUUACUAUUUCCGCCUUCCACCAGUAUAUGGAUUUGAAGCCAAAAAGCUUUCGGUAAUUCCACGUUUUUUCUCCAUUUCCUGAAAACACCACUUGUGCAGUAGCGUUGCAGGCAUUUGGCGGGAGAGUUGCCGGGAGUCGCUGUGAUGACGCUCGGCUCAAACAGCGAAUUCUUCUGAGUGAGCUACUCAACCUUCGUACACCCAUAGGCUGUAUCAAGUGUCAAUCAUAGAAAACAUGAACCCCUUAUAAGUUUUAAAAAUGGAGCUGUACACAAAAAAAGAGGACUUGAACACAGACCAGUCUUACAGUAACUACAUGUCAACAUCACAAGCAGGGGGUUAAAAAAUUAUGUUCUGUGUAAUAAAUUUCUAAAAUUUGUCCACAACUCCGUAAGCUUUGCUAGCGGAGGCGGGAUUUAUGACCUAUACUGCAGCCCGUCACCAGAGGGUGAUGUUCUCGGAGUGGCUUCACCCAUCGAGGAGGCAGAUGCUCUCCAUUCUAUAUACAGUCUAUGAUGGACAUAUAAGGGGAUGCAAACACUAUUCAACAGCAGCCACACUGAUGAGGCUGCCUGCAGUGUUUGCAGACCAGAGGUGUGCAAUGUAUAUUGUCCACAAUAAUAUCUUAAACAAUGUGCAAAAUGACAAAAUUGAGUUGUCACGAAUUUUAUAAAUCAAAAGACUCACAGAUCUGAGGUCAUUCAAAUCCAAGGUUCCUGCCUGGACUUGAAAACAGGAAGCACAUCGCAUACACCAUGAUAGUUCUGUCAUGUAGGUUACAGAAGGAUCGGUUUAAUUACAUUUACUCUCUUAACAAGUCUCAAUAAAAUAUGCUCAGUUUGAGUCCCUUUCUUUUAACCUAUGAUCACUUUUAAGCUCAAACAGUGGUCACCUGUGGUAAUCUGUGAGUGCCUGCUACAAAGAGUAAAAGGAGUAACUGAACAAGCCUGUGUAGACCACAUCAUGUUCUGUGGAGAAAUACGUUUCAAGCCUCUUGUGAUCCUUUCAAAACAAAUCUAAAACAAGCCUCCCAUUAGUAUCCCUGUCCAAAAGUCUGGAUUCUGAAAACCCAGUUUCAGUAGAGUAGCUGAGUGUUGUGGUUGUAGUGGUUGUAGUGUUUCAGCGUAAGCAUUUGUGAACCCCAGAGGCUUCAACGUGCGGACAGCAGAGGAGCAGGGAAAAGAACUUGCAGCUUUUCAAACUUAUUACGGCAUACUUGUUUUUAAUUAUGUGACUAAUAAAUAACUAAUGAUAAUAAUAUUAUUUGUGUAUCAAAUAAAUAACCGGUUAUGGCAAAAACACCUCUGAAAUGAACUUGCCAAGUGAAAGGUCUGGUAAUAGUGGUUGUUGUUGGGGUGAUAUUUUCCAAAAAUUGCCAGAGGGCCUCUUGAAUAGUUUGAAAUGAUGUACUCCUACUUUCACUGUUUGAUCUCAGUACUUGUUUGUUUUUAUUUUGGGUUUACUUGAGCAACCCAGUUUGAAAAACUGAGACCUGUGCUUGCCAAAUCAACAGUUUUUGUUGAUAUCAUUAACAUCUAAUCAUACUAAUAAUAAGCUGGUACAUCAUCAGACUUUAACAAACGCAUAUUUGUUUAGAUUUUUCACUGUUUGUAGUUAAAAGUGUUUUCCACAUGAUCUGCAUAAAUGUUUGAUCUGAUGGAUCCUUUUGCUCUGCUUUUUUUAAGGACGGAUUGAUCGACCAGCUGUAUGACCUGAUACUGGAAUACUUCCACACUCAGGCCAACUCAAUUGGCUUUCCGGAGCUUGCCCUGCCCACCAUAAUCCAGGUGACCCUUAAACUGACCCUGAAGGCAUCAAAAUGAAAUGAUUGUAUCUGUUUAUGAAUUAUAGAGAUUAGAUAUUUAAAAUAAGAUGCAGGAUAUUAACUCUGAAGAAUGAUUGAAAUUGGGUGAUGAAAAAGAUUUAAAUGGAUUUGUCAACAGACUGUAAUAGAGAGUUCUUUGGUAAAUGCUCAUUCAACUUGACAAGCCUGUGGUUAAAGAAGCAUUAUGUAAUUUGGACACUUAGAGUUAACAGUAGAUAACUGACAGUCUGUAUUUGCUAAAUAAUGUCACUGCCUGCGUUGAAAUGCUGCCCAUCCUGACUAGCAGCCAUAUUGAUUAGAAAUGAUUACAUUUUUACUAACCUGUUAGCUGCCUGCUUACAGAGUCAGGGGAAACUAGUCGUCGCUUUUUGUGCUCUAACCUCUCAUCUUUUGUCAAAAGCAUCUCCAGUAUUUAUCCAAGCAUUAACAAGAUUUUUAUGAAAAUGCUGAGGCUUUUCAGGUUGAGUAAAAUUAGUUACCGGUAAAUCAGAACAAGUUUGGAACUGGUCUCAGAUCUGGCAAACUGAUAAAGCGCCUUGAAGCGCCUUCAGGGGGUACCUUGAAACUGCCAACCAAAACAAAAACAGGCCAUUCUGCAUCAAUAUUAAAACUUUUGAGGAGGAAAAAACUGGCUGCUGCCAAAGAAGCCAGUUUUUCAACACAGCAUGUUUCUUAAUGUCUGAUGAGGUACACUCACUGGCCACUUUAUUAGGUACACCUUGCAGCACUUUCGACAAAGUGUUGGAGACAUUAACAUGAGAGUAUCACACAAGUGCUGUAGAUUUGUCAGCUGUUAUAUUGUUUAUGCAAAAUUCUGACCUACCGUCUGAAUGUUGCAGCCGAAAUCCAGAGUAUUUAGACCACGAGAUGUUUUUCCAAUCUUCUAUUGUCCAGUUUUGGCGAGCCACUGUAAACUGUAACCUCAAAGUCCCUUAAAUCCCUUUUCUUCCCCACUCUGAUGCUUGGUUCAACCUUACACAAGACGACUUGACCAUGUCUACAUGCCUAAAUGCAUUGAGUUGCUGCAUUGUAAUUGGCUGAUUAGCUAUUCACGUUAACAAGCAAUCAGAUAGGUGUACCUAAUGAAGUGGUCUGAUGGUGUAGUUUAGUGGAUAUUUUACAUAUUGCUCUUUUGAUUUUGGAGGACAGUCAGAGACAAAAAGCCACAUGUGUGCCUGACUUUUGCACUGCAUGAAUUAAUUAUUACCACAUGGUUUGCAUAAAAAAAUGAAUUAUUGUCCUAAGAUUUAUGAAGUGAUAAAAAUAUAUACAUUUUGUUAAAACAUUUUUGCCUCUGGUCAGAAAAGGCUUUUGUGCGUUACGCACACUUUAACUGCUAGGUCAACAGCUUCCCAUCAUGGAGUAUUUAAUAUUUGUAAAUAAGAGUUUGUGUAUUGUUUCUGUUUUAAGAGUGAAUGACUCUCAACACAACUUAUUCUCUAAACUGUUAGACAAACGUUUACUCUCAGAAUUAUGGCUUUAAAUGGGCGUCUGCUCCUUCUCACUUGUUCGUACCAGUAUUGAUGUUCAUGCCAUUAAAUCAUGUGCACAGUGACUUGAGUUGAACAUAUAAUCCAGCAAAAGAAAAAAAAAAGUCGCUGUCAAAAACUCUGAAGCUCUGGAGGCGGGCAGCUGACAGUGACAAUAAUUCAAACAUAUAUGAAUGAACAAACAGGUGUGUUUAUCUUACCUUUUACUUCUUCAUGUAAAGCUAGGGAGUGUAGCAGCUGUAUGCAAGGAGUAUAAUAUUACAUGACACCAUGAGAUGAAGCGUAGCUCCUUCAAAGAGGCUUUUCCACUCCAAACAGAGACAGGACAGCACUACAUCAGAGCACUGACAGCAAACAAACAUGCUUGUUGUCUCAUAUUCAGUGAUAGUGAUUAAAUUGUAUGAAACAGGUUUUAAAAAGAAACAAACAGUCUCACACUUUCUUUUGCAAAAGGCUAUAGAGGAGGUGAUUCUGGUGAUAAGUUUUGCUGCUGUGAAGUUUUAUUUCAGCACCUGGUGCUGUCCAUUGUCCACAGUGCAGCCCUGCUCCAUGCUCCAUGGCAUGAAUGUUUGUGUCAGACUGUCAUAGGGGCGUUUUUAAGAAAAAUAAAUAAUAAAUAAAAGACAGUUCAUAUAUUGUUGUGCUAGUUGCUGGUGUCUGGUUUAGGAUCUGCCAGGCUAUGAGGGUAACUGUCCAAACCUCCUCUGCUCCAUCUCUCCUCUGCUCUGCCUGAAUGUGCUGUAUGAAUGCACUGCAUGAACCUAUACGCUAAUUUCUCUCUUCUCAAACUCCCCCUCAUGUCCCUGCAGCUGAAAGCAUUCCUAAAGGAAUGCAAAGUGGCCAAUUACAGCAAGCCGGUGCGCCAGCUGCUGGAGAAGGUACAGGAAAACAGCAGCUACAUCACAGGACGGAGACAGAAGGCCGCCUUCGGAGUAGCCGAUGCCGCUGCUGUGGUGAGUGUGUGUGGGAGACAGCAGGAGUGAGGUCAGUGGAAGACUGUCUUCUCCUGAUUUUACAGGCUGCCUUUCCAGAGUCCUUAUUCUACCUCUCCACGCCGCUGUGUUUCUCUUCAUUUUGGCUCCUAAGUUUUUUUUUUUUAAUAGGUUGUUAUAAGCCCCUUAAACUGGCUGCUGGGUUGAUGUGAUUGGUUGUAUCAAUCGUUGAUGAUUGUUGACUAAUUGAAUCAAAUAAAGCUGUAAUUCUUAAAGAUACAGUUAGCAACUUUGAGGAAAAAAAGAAUCAUACUGGCAAGAUGAUACGGAAGCAUAUUGCAUUCACUUAAAAAAAAACAACUAUUUUUUUGAGUAAUUUUUUUACUUUUGUUGUUUUUCUGACUAUUUAUUUUUUUAUUUUUUCUGGUUUUCGGACUAUUUUUUUUAAUUCUGUUUUUUGUACUAAUAUUUUUUCCCUCUUUCUGUUUUUCGGGCAAAAUUGUAUUCAAUUCAUACAAUCAGAUAACGUUAACCACCAUGGCUGCACCAAAUAAGCAAAUUCUCCAGCCUCUAGAUAACAUUGUCAACAGGGUCAAUGACAAUAAAGCAUGUUAUUAGUUAAACAUAGGGUAUGCAAUCCUGAGGUGCCUGCACAAAGUAGACAAACUUGUGACGAUUCCAUCUAUCUGACUUAAAGAAAGGAGAAUCUCUGUGUCUCAAACCCAAAAGAAAGUCAAACUUGAUUAAACUGAACAAGUGAGCCAUGUUUGCUUCUAAUAAAUCAAGCAGAUGGGGAAGAUUGCGUCUGAUGAAAGUGUUAAAUGAUCAUGAUCCCAGAGAAUAGGAAAAACAAUUACUCUGAAAAACAGAACUUUUUUUUUUUGGUGAAUGCAGUACGCGUCUGUAAGAUGAAGACAAACAUUUCCACUCAAAAAUAUGAAAGCCACUCCCCCUAAAACCAAGAGGCCCGCUCUGUCUCACUGAUUGGCUGAACAAGUCGAGAACAAGUGUGCUCAUGAUCAUACUGUUAUUAAUGUAAUAACAUAACAAAUUAGAAUUUUUUAACUACUUUUUUACCUCAACUUCAGGAAGUUCUGACUUAUAUUGGUCCAGAAAAAAGAUGAUAAAAGGGUUUUGCGCGGCCCUGAGUAAACUUGUGUCAUGCAUUGUAACAUUCUGUGGUAUAGAUUAUUUAAAUAGUUCCCUGUGUGGGAACACUGAUGACCCUGUGGUUAUUGGAAGCUCUAAUGGGCUUUUGAGCCGGAGGCACCUCAGCCUUAUAAUGAGCAGCUUAUAAUGUGUUUUCUGCUCUCUAUAUGCUACCUUUACACACACACAUACACACAUUUGUACACAACUUUGCAGCUGCAGAGGAUCUUCACAUUUAGUGUUAAUAUGUAUUCAAUUUAAGAGGGCUGUCUUUAUAAAAUUCAGCCCAUGAGAAAACGUGUGCGUGCGUGCGUGCGUGCGUGCGUGCGUGCGUGCGUGCGUGCGUGCGUGCGUGCGUGCGUGCGUGCGUGUGUGCGUGUGUGUGAGAUCAAGUUGCUGCUCCUCUGUGCUCAGUGGAGGUUGUCCUCCCUGGCAUGGUGGCAGUGGUGGAGCUGCCACAGCAGGCAAAGGAGACAGGACGGUCCUGCUGCUGCUGUGGAAAAGGCCAUGGCCCCCCUCCAGCACCCCAGCUCCCGACUGUCAUGUCACCCUAACUGAGAGCAAGGCUAAUUAGUGAUGCCCUGUGUUGGUCUGGGUCACACUGAUGUUUUUUUUCCUUUUUGCUAGCUCAACAAAUAUUUUGCAGUUUUUAUCUGAGCCAAUUCAGAAAUGGCUUCUCCGCUUCAGUGUCUUUUUUUUUUUUUCCUGCACAUGCAUGUCACCCAUCUUAAUAGCUGCACAGCAAAUUGUUGUAAAUGUGUUAAGCUAACGGGCGCAGAAGGCCGUGAUCCGUUCCCUCUAUUGAAUUUGUUGGUCAGGUAAUGUGAUUUGGCUUAAUCAAUAUCAUCCACAAAGACCUUUAGGGGCUGGAAAAGAUCUGCCGGUCUCCUCUUUCAGGCAUCGCCAAUCCGUUUUCUGCAUCGUCUGACUCUCAUCACUGUCUCACCUGUCCAUCUCUUUCUCCUGGUCCAUUUAUGUAAAGUUUCUAUAGAAAGUCAGAUGAAGAAAGAGGGUCCAAACGCCAGAAGGACCUUCUCCUUAAAGAUUCUGAAAUAAAACAAACUCUCUAAUUCUGCUUGUUUUCACCUUCCAUUUUAACACAAUAUAAAAUUAGCUCAUAAAUUACAGAGACAAAUUUAAAUUUGAUUUACAAACAGAAUAAACCACGUGUAGCAGUAUGCUGCAGCUCUCCAUUAGGAAUGGGCGCAAUAAAUCGAUGAUCAAUUAAUUGAUCAUUAAGAAUUAUGUAGAUCACGAAAUUUCGAUUGAUCUAAUGUUUUAUUAAAUGAGGAUUUUAAUGAGGAAAAGCACCCUUUUUUGCGUAUUUUCGAUUAAAUCUAUGAUUGAUCAUUAAUUUAUAUGAUUAACUGAUCAAGGGACUUUCUUUAAACGCCCGUUCCUAAACGUUGAGUCGUUGUGUCUUUUUUUCAGGCGUCCUGGGAGAAGCAGAUGCAGGAGGAGGGCACCCCCCUCAGCAGGUACUUCAGCCAGUGGAAGAAGCUGAGGGAGAAGGAGAUUCAGCUGGAGAUCUCAGGAAAAGAGAGGGUAACUAUUCAACCCAGAGACCCACCAACAUCUGCCCCACCCCCACUCAUUUAUCAUGAGUCACUUAAGGCUUUUACUUUGUGAAUGUCACUAUUACCCACAAGAAAUGCUCUUUUUAAUAAAUCACGCAACAGUCAUGCUUCAGUUUUUUACCGGCAGUGGCUGUCUGAUCCUCACCAUUGACUCACUGAAAGCAGAGCCGUGAGCUCACGCUGGUGUUUUUGUGUUUUGGUACAGAUGGAGGAUCUGGAUCUCCCUGAGAUCAAACGCAGGAAGAUCCAGGAGAAGAAGGUCGAGGACAAAAAGGAGUUCAAGGAUCUGUUUCAGUCCGACAGUGAAUCAGAUGAAGAUGAUGGAGGAUUUAAAAUCAGAGGCAAGCUGACACACACACACACACACACACACACACACACACACACACACACACACACACACAUCACGUUACAUUUAUUACAGGAUUUCCCGGCUUAGGAGCUUUACUUGUGCAUCAGUUGGCUAAGGCUCCUUGGCCUCUAGGGGGCUGUGUUUGUUGCUGCAUGGUUCUCUCUAGUGCUAAAUGAAGGAGGGAUGACAGUUCAGUCUUAUUUCUGUGGAUUUGCAUCAGACACUUUCUUUUAGAUGAUUAGGUAUCAAGAAAUUACAACAGCGAUCUAAGUUUAUGAACAUCUGCUGAUUCGGAGCAACAAGUGGUUUAAAAAUUGAACUCAUGAGAACUUUGGCCGAGUAAACCGUUUGAAGGAACUGUCAGUUCUGUCUUUCUUUAACCCUAGCAUGUCCUGUCUUCAUGGGGUCAUCCACUGGUCACAGACAGCUGCACCUUUGCUUUUACAGCUUUUACACUCAGACACACUCCAAGUAGAAGUAACCCUCUGCUGGGUCACAGAGGGAAGGAGUAGGCGGCAGGGGGAUUUUUUUUUUUCUGCAUCUGGACUUCAUUGAAGGGAGAGUCCCUACAAACGGAUGGGCAGCUGCCGGCGAGCGACGGGCCUUCGCCUCUCACUCUCUAUCCACCCCUCCCACACCUCGUGCACACACAUGAACUGAAACCCCCCGACAGGAAGUACAGGCUUGGAUCCCAGCGGGGGAUCUUAAUUCAAACCAGCUUGGUGGAACAGCCAGAGGUGGCCGCUCCCUCUCUCUGCUCCCUUUUUCCUCUCUCUCUUUUUCUUCUUCAGCCUAUCAUUCUCUCUCUCUCUCUCUCUCUCUGGCUCUGUGGACUCCAACCAGCUGCUCGCACAUGUCCUCACAACACGUGCACACACAAAGACACACACACACAUGUGUUGAUGAUAGCACAGAAGCAGGAGCACACCCACCAGCGUCUCGUCCAGUCUCCAAGAGCCAAAAGCUUUUGGGCAGCUCACCAAAGCUCUUUGUGGUCUCACACACUCCCGGAAAGAGGGGGAGUGCGAGAGGAGGGGGCUGAUGACUUAGAUUGAUGUACGUGUGUCUGUGUGUGUUGUGUGUCAGUAUGUGUGGGUCAUAAGUCUUCCAGGUCAUUCGGGGGUAACCUCUGAGGUCUGCAGAGAGUUUGAUUUUGUUUUAAGCAUUUUUGUCUCCUGAAGUUUAGAAAGAAAGGGAAGUACGCUAUGUUUUUAAUAGUCUGAAUAUGUGUGUGCGUGUCUGUCUGUCUGUGUGCACUUAUUGUGUGUGUGUGUUAGCGCUGUGGCAGACAGGGGAAGUAGCUGUGUUUUGCUUCUCUCCUCUACGCCUCUAGUCUCGUCAUACCUCAACUUCAAAGCCUGUGGACCCCAGUUGUCCCUUUGGCUAAACAACUCACAAACACACAAGUGCAGCACAACGCAAAUUGAGACAAACUCCAAACUUCUCUCCCUUGCGCACACACAAACACACACACACAAACACACACACACACACACACACACACACACAGACUUUCCCAUCAGCCCUGGUAGCUGUGGAACCUGCCUGUUAUCUCCAUUUGCUAUAUUUAGGCCGUGAGCAUAAGAUGUCUGAAAUUGCCGGUAGUAAACUGUCAUGGGUGUUUGUGCAGCAGCAGCGGCGGCGUCUGUAAUCGACUCUCAGUUCCAUCUCUGGAGGAAAUAGACACUUCCAGCAGCCUCUGAUGCCUGGCCCACAUAUAGGUGUCUCCCAAGUCCUCAGACGUCAGCGAUGCACCAACGCAAACUUAGGAAUGUCUGAAAAAGCUCUGCUAGACUAAAUUAAACCCAGUGUUAUGUUCUCUGUUUCCCCUCAGGUAAAAAGGGCGCCCAUAAGUCUGAUGAGGAUGACGAUGAAGAUGAUCUUGAAGAUAUGUUGGACAUGAGUGAUGAUGAGGGGAUGGAGGGUGGAGACUCAGGUUGGUACAAUGUGGAGAUAAAAAAGGGUACUUGUUUUCAUCAGUCAUAAUUUCGACAUUCAAAGCUGCUGUUUUUAUUCAUUUAUUCUGUAUAUGAAAGACAUAUCACAUCUUUCAUAUACUUAAGUUUCUAAUCUAACCUCAUUAAUAGACUUUUCGCCAUUGACUUCCUAAUAAAGAUCAUUUGUGUAAGAAGUUGAGUGAGGUCAUCCUGUGACAGAAGUUAAACAAAUAGGAUCUUUCCAAACAUGAAGCGUACCCAAAUUAAUCAUUCUUGCAGUCUGUACUAAAGUUCAAGCUGUACUUUUACAACAGCUGAUGCUUUAAAUUUGAGAGGUAAAGUCUAGAAGAUUGACUUGUGUUUUAAUCUGAAGGUUUUUCCAAAAGCUUUGUCGAUGAGCGUCUUUUAGACACAAAGAAUAAUUGAAAAAACCUCAUUGUAUAAUUUCUUCCUCUGCUAUUACCUCGUCUAAGGCAGCAGGGCUUCAUCUGGUCCUCUUGUGUCUGAGUGUAAAGUUGAAGUUCCUUCUAUCUCUGUUCCAGAUGACGAGAUUGAUGAGGAUGAAGAUGAGGAAGAGGAUGAGAAGGCCUCCAAAGCUCCUCGGCCGCUGUCCUCCUCUGCUCUCAUAAAGCUGGCAGAGGGAGGGGAGGAUGUGGUGGAGGACCUGGAGCUGUCUGAUGAUGACUGAGGUUUCACGGAUACACACGCUGGAGCCAGCCUUAUAGACUCUGAUGUACUACUCUCUUAUCACUUUUCUGUACUUCAAAAUCAUCCUGGACUUUUUCUUUUCUUUUCUAACUUUUGAAUUUUGUAUUUCUAAAACUGUACGGUCCAAACAUGGUCAUGUUUUCGUCAUUUGAAGCAUUGACUCGUAUAAAAAUGAGUAAGAGAGUCCAGACUUUUUCCUUGAUUUUUUUAUUUUUCCUAAUUAAUUGAAGCAUGUACGUGCAUGUUGAUGCACCUGAAACGAGUCAUUUGUGUCUUCUGUACAUGUGCACACCUGUAGGCACCCUCAGGCAUUGUGAGGGUGGGCUAUUUAGAGAGAGCUAUGAGCCUCGGCGAGCCCGGCUAGGCUGGCCAAGAGGAGGGGUACAGAGAGGCGGGUGUUGAGCCCUGAGGCAGCAGUGCCGUGCCAGGCUGGCAGGGUGGUGUCUGAUGCUGUGCCAAGCCUCUCUGCCCAGGUGGUAGAGCAGCAACACAGGCUGGUCUGUUUCUGUGCCAACUCCUCACCCACCCCCCACCCAGACCACCGUCUUCUCUGUGUGGGUAUACACACUUGGUUCCCUACUGCAACUUAUCCCCUUUUCUUUUCCUGACUGACUUCACCUUCCCAGCAUGCACCAGCACACCUCAGGUGGUAGUGGUCUUUGUGAGGUCACGGGUUACUGCUAUCAUUCACUGGUGCAUGAUACAGGACAGAGGGGUAUUUGACAUGGAUUUAAAUAUCAAAAUGGAGAAUUGAGAAUCACUUUUGAGUCAUCACAUUUUACUCUAGUUGUUUUCAGUGUACCCAGAACCUUUUGGUGCAGAGGCCCAGCCUAAAGCAAGGGGAACUCCCGGUAGAGUGUGUGCAACGUAUUGCUUCAGUACAAACUCUUUGAAGGAGGAAGGUAAGAGUGAGUGGGGGCUGUUCCUGGUUCUGCCUGAGUGGGUGUGUGGGUGGAUGAGGAGGGUCAGGUUUAUCCCCAUCGGCAAGGGAGGCCUUGGCCUGCGGCUGAACCUCACACUCUGACAGCUGGUGUUGACCUGAACUCUGCCCCCCGUGGGUCACCUCCCCGUCCGCACACACAUACAGAGACUCUAUACUCCCUUCUGCACGUUUUUACAGAAGAACCA